UCAUUCCGUAAUCCGCGUCGCGACGGUGCCACCUCUCUUGCCAUCAGAAUCGCAGUUUGUGUCGCGCCAGUCGUUUAGAACCACCGCAAACCUUCGUUCUCGCUCUCUCGGCGGUUCUGUGUUUACAAGUUUCGUUUUUUGCGCCCUCCCACUUGUGUCCUCCUCCCCUUUCCACAAAAAAGGGGGGUUUUUUGAGCCAGUACUUUUCCACUCUCUUCGGGGGUGGCUCGUUUUGUUUUGGAGAGUGCGUGCGGUUCGGCGGAAUGCCGGACAUCAAAAUAACGCCGCUCGGGGCCGGCCAGGAUGUGGGCCGCAGCUGCAUCCUGCUGUCGAUGGGCGGCAAGAACAUCAUGCUGGACUGCGGCAUGCACAUGGGCUACAACGACGAGCGUCGGUUCCCGGACUUUUCGUUUAUCGUGCCGGAGGGACCAAUUACGAACCACAUCGAUUGCGUGAUCAUUUCGCACUUUCAUCUGGAUCAUUGCGGCGCGUUGCCGUACAUGACGGAGAUGGUCGGGUACACCGGGCCGAUCUACAUGACCCAUCCGACGAAGGCCAUCGCGCCGAUUCUGUUGGAGGACAUGCGGAAGGUGGCGGUUGAGCGAAAGGGCGAAAGCAAUUUCUUCACCACGCAGAUGAUCAAAGACUGCAUGAAGAAGGUGGUGGCCGUGACGUUGCACCAGAGCGUCAUGGUGGACAGCGAGCUGGAGAUUAAGGCGUACUACGCGGGUCACGUCCUGGGGGCGGCCAUGUUCUGGAUCCGGGUGGGCUCACAGUCGGUGGUCUACACCGGGGAUUACAACAUGACACCGGAUCGGCACUUGGGGGCGGCCUGGAUUGACAAGUGCAAACCGGAUCUGCUGAUUACGGAGAGCACGUACGCGACGACGAUUCGUGACUCGAAGCGGUGCCGCGAGCGAGACUUCCUGAAGAAGGUGCACGAGUGCGUGGCAAAGGGGGGCAAGGUGCUUAUUCCGGUAUUUGCUCUGGGUCGAGCCCAGGAGCUGUGCAUCCUUUUAGAGACCUACUGGGAAAGGAUGAAUCUCAAAUAUCCGGUUUACUUCGCCGUUGGGCUCACGGAAAAGGCCAACAACUACUACAAGAUGUUCAUCACCUGGACCAACCAGAAGAUCCGCAAGACGUUCGUGCAGCGCAACAUGUUCGACUUCAAGCACAUAAAGCCCUUCGACAAGGGUUACAUCGACAAUCCGGGCGCGAUGGUCGUGUUCGCCACGCCGGGAAUGCUCCACGCUGGCCUCUCGCUGCAAAUCUUCAAAAAAUGGGCUCCCAACGAAAACAACAUGGUCAUCAUGCCGGGCUACUGCGUGCAGGGCACCGUCGGCCACAAAAUCCUCGGCGGCGCAAAGAAGGUCGAGUUCGAAAACCGCCAGGUCGUCGAGGUCAAAAUGUCCGUCGAGUACAUGAGCUUCAGCGCGCACGCCGACGCUAAAGGCAUCAUGCAGUUGAUUCAGUAUUGCGAGCCCAAAAACGUGAUGCUCGUCCACGGCGAGGCCGUCAAGAUGGAGUUCCUCAAGGACAAAAUCCGCGAAGAGUUCCACAUCGAUUGCUUCACUCCGGCCAACGGCGAAACGUGCGUCAUCACCACACCCAUCAAAAUCCCCGUCGAGGCCUCGCUCUCCAUCCUCAAGGACGAAGCGAAAAAGUACAACGCCGAACCGCCAGAUCCCAAACGGCGGCGGAUCGUCCACGGACUGCUCGUCAUGAAGGACAACAAAAUCUCGCUCAUGUCCAUCGACGAAAUCUUCAACGAGUGUGGCAUCAACCGUCACGUGAUCAGAUUCAUUUCCAAGGUCAAAAUCGACGACCCCGGCCCGACGCCCCGCACCAUCGAGAAGCUGUACAACCUGCUGAACGAGCGCCUCUCCGGCUGGACCGUCACGAUGGCCGACAACGGCUCCAUCAACGUCGAGUCCGUCAACAUCAAGAUCGAGAGUGAGGAGGCGGCUGGGGCGGUGACGGCGGGCCCGCAGGCGGCAACCACAUCCGGCGGGCCGCCACCGCACAAGAUCUGUUCGGUUUCGUGGGUCAACCAGGACGAGGACCUGGGCAGUUACAUCCUGGGGCUGAUGCAGAGCCUGUGAGGGCGGUGCAAAUGACAGGUUGGGAGUGGUGGCGAGAGGAUAAUGAUUCUAUGUUUUUCAUUUGUAAGUUGCGAGAAUAGAAGACAAAAUUUAAUAAAUAAAUAAAACUACUUAAAAAUGCA